AUCACACGUAUAGGCUUCUCAACAGACCAGUUACUUACUAGUGUGUUUCAAGAAGUGAAGGAUAUUGUGAAUACUCAGGUACAUUUGCAUGAAACAAUGAUGCGAACCAGUGAGUUGUACAAAACCAUGUACACCGAGAUGGCAGAGCGAAUGAAGACCUUAGAAGAGAAACUGCCAUCAGUAUCGCCUGCUCUCUUGAGUUUGCUGUUGGAUUACAUGAAAAUUGCUGCCACAUCUGCCAACGAGAAUUCAGAUAACAGAAAGCAAAAAUCUCCAAUCGCAUCUCUUCCUAAGGCUAAGAAAACUAGAAAAGUGAAGGAGAACGAGAGACAACCAGUGGCAAAGAAGAGCAAAAGAACACAAAAGCGGAAGACCAAACAGGAGGUAGCCAGUCCAGCAAUCAAACCAAGGAGCGAUGUCAGCGCUAUUUCACCUACUGCACCGCAGCCAUCUCCAUCACUCCUGAUAGAACCUAUAACACCUCCUACAGAACCUAACUUCAAUGACCGGCUUCCAACAGAGUCCACCUUAAAUGAUUUGUGGUUGGAUUACACUCAACUCAUGGAAGACAUUGAACAGCAAGAGAAACAACACAUGGAGAUGAAUGUCGCAGGUGAUUUAACAGCGGAAGAUCCAUAUGAAGAAGAGAAACUUCCUCCUCUUCAACGAAAUUGUAGCAUUUGUCGUCACAAUGAUAUGCUGCGUCACGUGAGUUGCAAUAGUGGACAAGUCCAGUGUCACGUGUGUUGUAAUGAACUUAUUGACUGUUUGUAUGACUAUGAUCCAGAGGGGAUGAUGGAAGACACGUCAUCUCAAGAUUUUGAAGGACAUAUCCUAUCAGUGUAAAUUCAGAGGUGUUUUAAUCAUACUCUGUAACAUGGUGAUGAUCAUUAUGUACUGUAACACACUUUUGUGAAUUGUAAUAGGGGAUAGUGGUGGAAUGAAUAAAUAAUCAAACCAUA